AUGGCGGACUUCAAGAAGAUGCCUCUCGCAUGGGCGAGCCUGGUCUCAACCAUCCUGGCCUCCUCUGCUCCUACUAAAAUGACCGUUGGUGUCAUCGGCGACUUUGGCUGGACUGGUUGGAAGCCCGCUCCUCUGUCAUUCUGCAACGAAGUCAUGCCCCGUCUCGCGGCCGUCUCCAAUGCAACAGCUCUACAAGGCAAGUUCAGCACUAGUCUCCCCAAAAAGCUAAAUCCUGCUACUAACACUCGGCCAGCCGACACCGCCGCCUACAUCGGCAAAGUCUGCGAGAAGAAGAACUGCAGCGCCUUCCUCUCCGUCGGCGACAACUUCUACGACAGCGGCGUCGACUUCACCACCGGCGGGAUUAUCCGCUUCCACGAAGCCUGGGUAGACACGUACCGCGGCCACGUCUUUGACACCACCACCUGGUACCAAUGCCUGGCCAACCGCGAUGUCGUCAAGGGCCAGAGCGGCGUAGACUUCGAGACGAAGGUCGCGCCCCUCUACGACCCACGCUGCUACUUCGGCACCACAGGCCAGCCAUACUACACCUUCGACCUCCACGGCGCAGACUGGACCGCAACCUUCGUAGUCGUCGACUCAGACUGCUUCAUCGAGAAGUAUCAGGCCAGCACAUCCGUCUACCAGAACGCGUACGCAGAGCAAUGCCACGCCGAGAGGGCCACGCAGGUUGCCUUCCUGGAACAGGCCGUCGCAGCCUCAACAGCCGAGUGGAAAUUCCUCCAGCUUCACCACGGGUACAUGUCCGCCGCGACGAACAACACCGACGUUGCGCCGCUGAUCGCCGUCGUCGAGAAGCACGGCGGCGUCGUCCUCAACGGCCACGAUGACUGUCUCGCGCACUUCUACAACAAUAACACGAACCCCAUUCUGGCUGGUGGAGCGGGAUACCCCCAGGCUGGGGGACUGUAA